GCUAAUGCAUUAUUUUGCUUUCCGUGUUUGUUAUUCAAAACGGCUGGGACAGAUAAGGCAUGGAUGAGUCAGGAGUUACAGACAUGAAACAUUUUUCUGAGAAGGGGAAGAAACACGAGUCAUCCCGGGCACACAUGGACAACAACACGGUGAAGCUAGCCAUGCUAGGCAGCAGAGCUAACGUUGCCAUGCAGGGAACAACAGCAGCUGGGUGCAGAGGUUUUUCACACCAUCCUGAGCCAUGCAAAAUAAGAUUCUUGUCACCACACCCAUGACCACAGCCGAAUCAGAAAGGUGCUUUUCUACUUUAAAGAGGAUUAAGACUUUCCUUGAGGAACACCAUGACACAGGAUGGGCUGAAUGCUCUUGCCAUGCUCUCCAUGGAAAAAACAAGCUUGUCACAAACAUUCCUGACUUCAAUAAAAAGCUAAUCAAGAGCUUUGCCACUCAGAAGGACAGAAGGGCAACAUUUCUGUACAAAUGAGCAAUGCCGGUGCCAGACCAGCCAGCGGAGCAGGAGAAGGGGGCCAUGGUCCCCCCUGUGAUGCCAGCUUCCAAUGGAGACAGAUCUGAGAGCGAGACGACCUCGUCCAUCCUCGCCUCCGUCAAAGAACAGGAGCUUCAGUUUGAACGUCUGACUAGAGAACUUGAGGCCGAGCGUCAGAUUGUUGCCACGCAGCUGGAAAGAUGCAAGCUGGGAUCAGACGCUGGCAGCAUGAGCAGCAUCAGUUCGACUGAUGAGCAGUUCCGCUGGAAUACCCAAGCAGAUGGACACAAAGAUAUUGAGGAUGAGUUGACCACAGGUUUAGAGCUCGUUGAUUCCUGCAUUCGCUCCCUUCAGGAAUCGGGAAUACUGGACAGUGGAGAACCAUCGCAGGUUUCCGGUUCCAGCAGAAGUGCCUCAGGAAAGAUACCCAAGGGGAGGGGACCGGCUCUUCUUUCCCAGAGUUCCUUGCAGCUCAACUCCACUCCGGAGGCUUCGCUCCAGUACUCUGCCAGCUACCAUAGCAACCAGACCCUCGCCCUCAGCGACAGCAUCUCUGCAGCAACGCCUCAGCGCGGGGGGCAGGUUGGAGGAGCCGUGCACAGCUACAACCAGGUGACAUCCAGUCGUGCAGCCCAGCAGCAACAAUCCCACACUGGUGCAGGAUCAGGUAUCUACUAUUCCAGCUCUACUUUACCUGUGCAGCGCGUCAGUUCCCCUCUGUCAGGGGGAGGAAGCUCAGGGUCAGGUUCUCCCAGUAAACACCAACGUCUGGGAUCAGACUCCACCAGUCAGCGCUUGCCCUCCAACUCCUCCUCCUCCCCCAGCAAACAGUCUCCUGCUAAUCGACUGGCCAAGUCAUACAGCACCACAGUUGCUGUGACAACCACUGGAGGGGGUUCUCCUCUGAGGGUUGCUUCUCCACCCAACUCUACAGCCACAGGAGGAGGGACCAGCUCAUCAUCUUCCCCCCUCCACCAGAUGAGUUCAGGCAUAGGGAGCUAUGCCACUCUGUCUCCCAAACGACUGGCAGCUCAUCACGCCUCAGACCAGUACAAGAUCUCACACGAACUCUACGCCACUGCUACUCUCCAACGGCCUGGAAGUCUUGCAGGGUCCCGUGGCUCCUACAGUAGUCAGCACAGUCAAGAGGCCCUCCGACCCUUGGGGUCUCCUGAACACCACAUAGAUCCCAUCUAUGAAGAGCGUGUCUACCACAAGGGCCCCAUGAGGAGCCUUAGUCAGAGCCAGGGACCAGACACAGGCCCCUACCGCAACAACACAGACCUGAUCAUGCACGUUCAUAACCAGGUCCAUGACCUAAGUUAUGUCCUCUGUCCCUACUUUCCUAUCCUAGCACCUUCCUCCCCUGGUGUCGACUCCACCCCUUUACAGCGCACAGGAAGCCAUGGCACUGGGACAGGAAACUACAGCCGUGGUGGGACCAAUAACUAUGCCACAGUGGGGCCGGGAUACACUUCCAGUGGAGGUGGUGGGGGCGGCGACGUUUAUGGAUCUGACCCGUAUGUGGCGGAUCCCUACCGCACCUUGCAGUACUGUCCAUCUGUGGUGGAAUCUCCCUACAGCAAGUCUGGACCAGCUCUGCCUCCAGAGGGAAGUCUGCAGCGUUCACCUUCCAUCGACUCUAUUCAAAAGGACCCUAGAGAGUUUGGGUGGAGAGAUCCGGAGCUGCCAGAGGUGAUCCAGAUGUUACAGCACCAGUUCCCAUCAGUGCAGUCCAAUGCUGCAGCCUACCUGCAGCAUCUCUGCUUUGGGGACAACAAGAUCAAAUCUGAGAUCCGUAGACAAGGAGGUAUCCAGCUGCUGGUGGACCUGCUGGACCACAGGAUGAGUGAGGUUCACCGCAGCGCCUGUGGAGCUCUGAGGAAUCUGGUGUACGGCAAGGCCAACGACGAAAACAAAGUCACGCUAAAGAACUGUGGAGGGAUUCCUGCCUUAGUCCGUCUCCUGAGGAAGACUGGAGAUGUGGAAAUCAGAGAGCUUGUCACAGGUGUGCUCUGGAACCUGUCGUCGUGUGAUGCACUGAAAAUGCCGAUCAUCCAGGACGCCCUGGCAGUUCUGACCAACAGUGUCAUCAUCCCCCACUCUAACUGGGACUCAUCCCCCAGCCACCAUAAUGACCGCAAGCUCCACCUACAUACCUCCCAGGUGCUGCGCAACGCUACAGGCUGUCUCAGGAAUGUAAGCUCAGCAGGUGAAGAGGCGAGACGGAGGAUGAGGGAGUGUGACGGCCUUACAGACGCUCUGCUCUACGUCAUCCAGACCUCCCUGGGCAGUUCCGAGAUCGACAGCAAGACGGUGGAGAACUGUGUUUGUAUCCUGAGGAACCUGUCGUACAGAUUGGCUGCCGAGACUUCCCAUGGCCAGCAGGGUGGUCUGGAGGAGCUGGAUGGGCUGCUUUGUGAUGCCAACGGCAGUGAGGGAGAGAGCUCCGGCUGCUGGGGGAAAAAGAAAAAGAAAAAGAAGGGAGCUGACCAAUGGGAUGGUGUGAGUCCCUUUCCAGACACAGCAGAGCCUCCCAAAGGGGUUCAGAUGCUGUGGCACCCCACCAUCGUCAAGCCCUACCUCACCCUGCUCUCCGAAUGCUCUAAUCCAGACACGCUCGAAGGCGCGGCCGGAGCGCUACAGAACCUGGCUGCGGGCAGCUGGAAGUGGUCGGUGUACAUUCGAGCUGCCGUCCGUAAGGAGAAGGGCCUCCCUAUUCUGGUGGAGUUACUGAGGAUAGACAACGACAAGGUGGUGUGUGCUGUCGCCACCGCUCUCAGAAACAUGGCUCUGGACAUCAGGAACAAGGAGCUUAUUGGUAAAUACGCCUUGAGAGACUUGAUCCAUCGGCUACCAGGCAGUAGCAGCAGCAACAAUAACGCCACCAGCAUUGGGACCUCUGGGACCACGGGCACACCCAGCAAGGCCAUGUCCGACGAUACCGUAACUGCCAUCUGCUGUGCUUUGCAUGAAGUAAUCACCAAGAACAUGGAGAACGCAAAAGCUUUACGCGACGCCGGUGGCAUUGAAAAACUCAUUGGCAUCGCCCGCAGCAAAGGAGACAAACACUCGGCAAAAGUGGUAAAGGCAGCUUCUCAAGUCCUCAGCAGUAUGUGGCAGUACCGAGACCUGCGCUCCCUCUACAAGAAGGAUGGUUACUCCCAGCAUCACUUUGUGGGCUCAGCUUCAACAAUAGAGAGAGACAGGCAGAGGCCCUACUCUUCAUCCCGAACUCCCUCUGUGUCUCCAGUCAGGACAUCUCCAAAUAACCGCUCUGCGAGUGCUCCAGCUUCCCCUAGAGAGAUGAUGAGUCUGAAGGAACGCAAGAUGGACUAUGAUUCCACAGCAACCAACGCUGGUUUCCAUAGCAACAAAGGAGAGCAUACAUCCCGAAAAGACGGCAUGGCAGUCCAAGUGUCGUGUGGGUCAUCCACGUUGUUCCGAAACUCUUACCUGACAGGCAGCGAUGACAUCAAGCAAAACCAGAGUCCGCCCCAGCCCUGCGUUGUACCCCCACAACCCCAGCAGGACUGUCCAUCAGCAGCCGUUCUAAAAGACUACGAUCCCUAUCCUCCUCCUCCUUCCUUCCCCCAGCCUCAGCCGCCACAGCCUCCACCUGUCGGCCAGAGUCGGAGCUUUGAUGAAGCUUUUUACGAAGACCAGGGACCAGUGCCUCCGCCGCCAUCCCAGCCACAGCCACAGCUGCAGGCACAGGCUUCGCCUCAGGCCCAACCCCAGCAGCCUCCGAGCUCUGCCGGACCCCCAAGGGACCCACGGGAAGAUCUGCGAAUGCAUCUGGGCCUUAAGUCCACUGGCAACUACGUAGACUUUUACUCCGCCUCUCGGCCGUACAGCGAACUGAACUACGAGACCAGCCACUACCCGGCCUCGCCCGAUUCCUGGGUCUAGUCUGACUCUACUGAUGGGAGGGAGAGGGGUCUGUGUGUGCUUGUGUGAAAGGGGUUAUUUUUGCAGGUGACUUACAGCAGAUUAACACAAUGUUAAUGUAAGUGGCAUUUUGAAAAAGGACCUCAUUGCAAGGCAGGAAAUUUGUGUUCUUCAAAAUAAAAAUUGGAACAAAGCUUGAUGGGGUCAGAAGGGGAAUCAGAACGCGACUAAGGAAGAUCGUGCAUGUGCAUGCAAACAUUUUAAUUUCCAGGCCACGUUAUUUUGUUGAAGUUAGCUCCAUUUCA